CAAUAUCAUCUCAUCCUAAGCAAUAUCAUCUCGUCCACAAUGGCUCUCAAGUCUCUACUUCUAGUUGGUGUCGUACUAGCUUCUUUGCUGCUUCUCUCCCAGCAUGUAGCAGGUGCUAGAGAGCUCACGGAAGGUAAAGAAUCUGAGGAGAAGAACGUGAAACCUGAAGGAAGGCAUGGUGGAGGAUACGGAAACAAUGGAGGAUAUGGAAAUAAUGGAGGAUAUGGAAACAAUGGUGGAGGGUACGGCAAUAACGGUGGAGGAUAUGGGAAUAGUGGUGGUUACGGAAACAAUGGAGGAUAUGGAAGCAACAACGGAGGAUAUGGAAACGGUGGUGGAAACCAACACGGUGGAGGAUAUGGAAACAAUGGUGGCGGGAACAGUGGAGGUUAUGGAAAUCCUAGGUAUGGUGGGGGUUAUGGUCCUGGUAACGGAGGUGGAGGAUAUGGACCGGGCUAUGGUCCCGGGAGUGGUAACCAGGGAUAUGGUGGCGGAAAUGGCAAUCCUACCUACGGUAGUGGCAACAAUGGUGGAUAUGGGAGUGGCUCUGGCGGUGGGUAUGGUAGUGGCAGCGGAAACGGUGGUGGUGGAGGUUACGGGGGAGGAUAUGGUGGUGGAGGCAAUCCUGGAAGCGGAUACGGUGGAGGGGGUCAAAACGGUGGGUGGCACUAAUAAGAAAAGAAGCUAGAUAUGUACAUGUGAUAAAUAAAACAUUUUGGAUAUGCUAGUACAAAUGUGGUCCUGAUGCUCGCAUAUAGAAGCAAGGUCCAUAAGAGCAACAAUUGGAAGAUCAAGCUAGCAUUGUGUGGCCUCGAUCGUGUCUACGCAUGAUAUAUGUGCUAUAUAUGUGGCUUCUGGAUGUCGUGGCACAUGCAUGUUGUACACAGUGGUAUAAAAUAUUUGAUCAGUUUGUCGUUUCCUAA